AUGUCAUCCAAAUCGCGAGGGCACAGGGCUCACCAUAGCGUCGCAGAAGACCAAUCAACCGCAUCACAAUCCAGCAGGAGUAAACAUUCACGAAAGACGUCCUCCACCUCGAGUUCCAAACCCAGAGCAAAGUCAACCUCGUCUUCUCUGCCACCGGCAUCAUCCCUGAGACCGAAUCUGCCACCCAUCCGCCCUCCACUUCCCGAACAGAGGAGACCACCGCCGUCGCUAUCGGAUCGUUCCUUUCUCGAUCUCGGUGAACCGCAGUCCGGAAACAGGCGCCGGAAUUCUGCGGCACCCAUAUCCGAGCAUUCCUACCCCCGACACCGCCCCGAGGCAAGUACGGAAGAGCGCAGCACCGCCGACUCGGACUCGCAUGGACACCAGCAUCCUUCUCCACCCAGCUGGCCGCCUCCUCGCAAAGAUUCCUUGACGCCGCUGAACAGCGAACCCGCGCCCAAGUCCGCCCCGCUUCCCACGACCCCGGUACCUCAACCAAGCAUGGAUACGUUGAAUAUAGCAGUGCUGGGCGCAGAUGGCGUGGGAAAGUCCACAUUUAUUCAACGAGCACUACGCGCGCCGCGGCCUCCCGGCAGCAACAUCACUACCGUUCGGCUAGACCUGGACGGUACUGCGCUGCGCGCCACUUUUCUCGAGGUUGAUACUGAGUUCUUGGAGGUCGAGGAAAAACAACCCAUCCGCUGGCCUAAGCAGAUCAAUGGCCACAUGGUACCCCGCAUAGAUGGUGUCUUGGUGCUAUAUGAUGUGACGAACAAGGAAAGCUUAAGAGAGUUGCCUCCAAUAAUGAAUGCCUUGGCAAUUGCCAAAAUCCCAACCAUUAUAGUUGCCACGAAAUGCGACAGUUCCGAGAACCUACGGCAAGUUAACCCUGAUGCCGUGUCAGGCUACUUCCCCGCCGCCGUCGCCACCUUUAAGACUUCAUCCAGCGUGCCAAGUAGCACAAGGGAUUCACUUCAGUCUAUAAUACGGGCUGCGCUCGCGAGCAAAAGAGGCGCCGAAAACAACAAGAACGAAGCUGCAAUAUCUAGAAGACGCGCAGCAUCUUCUGCGGCUCACCUUGACGCCCCAGAUCUUAACGGACGACCACUCAGUCAGCAAGGCAAACACGGACGAGCGAGUUCCGACCUUUCGCUGUUGCGAGGUACCCCACCACCAGGAAGCGACGGAGGUUAUUCGUACCGAAGCGCACAGUCGCGGUCACGGAUGGACCACUCAAGCUACGGAUCCGAUGCGGCAGCUGACGACGGUAGCGUCACUGUUUCUGGAAUGCUCAGGACCCACGGCGGGGUGCGUUUGGACGGUGGUGGGCCCGACACGUUCUUGGAUGUGGACGAGUCGGACGUCGAAUCGUAUCGGCACUCAGACGACAUUCCUAUCCUGCAGCGCGGCGAUGAGAAUUUUGCGGAAAAGCCGGCCAAGAUGGUCGGCGUGGAAUUUGACGAACUCGUCGACCGGUUGCUGGCCCCGCGCAUGACGCGGGCCGACAAUAACUUUGCCGACAUAUUUCUAUGUCUUUAUCGCAAAUUUGCCUCGCCUGGCCAGCUGUUGUCGGCCAUACUUGCGCGACUGGAGCCCGUGAUGAGAGACAAGAGCAUACCUGACCUGACUAUGAUACAGACUGAGCUGCGAAUCAUUGAAGUUAUCGCGAAAUGGGUCUCGCUAUAUCCAGGCGAUUUUGCCCGGUCAGCGACAAGGAGGAAGCUGGAGAAUUUAGCCUGCCAGCUUGCCAAGGAUCCGAUACUCACACCAUCUGCACAGCAGAUAAGGCUCUAUUUGGAACGUUACAUCAUGGAGGAUGAUGACACAGGCUGGGCCAAGUCGGAUGAGCCAGACAGAGACUCAUACCACGCCCAGGAUCCCAGGUUCACGUCGCGCGAUGGGCAUAGAGGCGACAGUGUGCUUAACGACAGCAUGACCUCGUUGCAUCUUGAAGAUAGCAGGGAGUCGUCCUCAACAUAUGGGCAAGCGCAGCGGGCUUCGGCAGAGGACUCUGGGUCGCACCGGCGACCAGUUGCGCAGUUUCAGUUCCAUUCCCUCGAGGACUAUGAGCGUGAGGCAGCGACGAUGACGCCGACAUCAACUCUGCCAUUGAACAAAAUUCGCUACCACAUUUUCCUGGACAAGGACACCGACGAUAUCGCCGACGAAAUCACGCGUAUCGACUGGAUAAUGUUCUCAUCCAUUCGCAUUCGCGACUUGGUGAGGCAUGUGAGCCUGUCGACUGAGCAGAAAGAGAAGUGCCGCAGUCUUAAAAAUGUCGAACGCAUGAUCAAGCAUUUCAACCACGUUGCUCGGUGGGUGUCGAAUAUGAUCCUAAUCCGAGACAAGGCAAAGCACCGCGCACCGUGCCUGGAGAAAUUCAUGCUUAUCGCACUGAGGCUGCGCGUUCUGAACAACUACAACGGGCUCGCUGCCGUUUUGGCGGGCAUCAACGGGACAUCGAUCCACCGUCUUGCUCAAACAAAGUCGCUGGUUUCUGUUGAGGUGCAGAGGCGUUUCGCGAGGCUUGGACUGUUAAUGGGGACUCAGAAGAGCCAUUUUGCGUACCGGCUUGCGUGGGAGAACUCUCCACUGCCAAGAAUACCUUUUAUGCCGCUACACCGACGUGAUUUAGUGUCAGCCGAGGAGGGAAGCAGGACUUUUGUCGGACCGCAAGGAGACAGGAUCAACUGGAAGAAGUUUGAAGUCUUGAGCGAAGUUUUGUUGCCUCUAAUGAAGAGCCAGGGCACGCCAUAUCCUAAUCUGAGGAAGGACGAUGGGAGUAGGGAGUUGAUUCUCGAUUGCAAGAUGCCAACCGACGAAGAGGAAAUCUAUCAGCGCAGUAUACAAGUGGAGCCUACAUCAGGCAUGGGCGAGUCGAGCAAGAAGAAAUUUCCUUGGCUGGCAAAAUAGGGUGAGGUGGCAAGGACUCUUGGGAUGGCUUGACUGGAUCGGUCGAGAGCUGGAAAGGAUGGAGAAGAUGGUUAUUAUGGGCUGCUUUUAUUUAUUAUUCCCCCUGGCUACCAAGCGUGGCUUGUUUGAAAUGGCUGUUGAAUAACUGACCAUUCGUGGUUUCGUACCUUUGGAUUAUUGGGCGUUUGGUUUAUCUGGAAAGAUUUCUAUCAGAUCAACGUGCUCCAGAGCACAAAAUGAAGCAUCAUGACAAUGAUAAUAUCAUCUUCAACAUGAGGAUUCUCAACACCAUCAAUUCUAAU